AUGGAAGUCACCGUAGAGGGGUGCAGCAUAUCCCAGGAAGAAGUGGAUACAAGCAAGGGAUGGAAGGAGGUCAGACACAGAAGAUCAGACCGGCGAACCUCCCAACAUCGCGAGAGCACCUUGUCGCCGACGCGGCUCGACAAGCGCAACAAUAACCCAUGGAAAGGCAGGCUAGAGCAAAUACGCAAGGCAAGCAGAAUGCCACAUUUGCCAAGAGGGGAUUACAAGAUUGUGAUCAGACCGCGUGGAGGACUCAAGAUAUCCGAGCACGGUAUAGUUCCCCUCACAGUUGCGGUACAAGAUGCGGCAGGCAUUCCUCGAGACGAAAGGGAGGAGGACAUUGUCUGCCCCAACAAUUAUCAAAAUAUCCUCAUCGUCAGUACAUCGGAUCAAGAGCGUGCAAACAAAUAUCAGGAAGUAGCACGUAUCAAGAUUCAAGACACGUUUUACGAGGCCAAUGCUUACGAGACAGCGCCUGACAUGACGGCCAAAGGAGUCAUCAGAGGAAUCCCACUCGACGAGGGCCCAAGAGACAUCACAGCAGCGGUGGUUACGAGUGCUGGGAUUUUUAUAACUCCAGGAAUUGUUUACGAGGACUCUGGAUCAGUGGGCGUCGACCUUAUAGUAUGGGUCGCAGCUGGAGUGGCCUCUCUCAUUCAUUGCCUCUGCUUUGCCGAACUGGGCACGAUGCUGCCAUCUGCUGGAGGGGUGCACGAGUAUCUCAGAGCGGGCAUGGACUCGACGGGACGAAUUGGAGACUUCCUUUCGUUUCUCGCUGCCUGGUGCUUUUUUCUGGUGGAUCCAAUCGCAGUUAGCAUUCAGGGACUAACGUUCACAGCGUACGCGCUCAGUUUGCCCUACGGCAACUGCACGCCACCCCACGCUGUCACCGUCCUGGUUACGAUUGUUAUUGUGGAACUUGCAGCAGUGGUUAAUACGUUUUCAUUGAAAACAUCCAUGAAAAUUCAGAACCUCCUGUUUUUGGUGAAGCUUGGAGUGCUUCUUGCUAUCAUCGCUACUGGCACGGUGUGGUGCCUGAAAGGCGUGACAGAAUCCAACAAAGAGACCGGCGAUACACUGUCCAAAGGAGACAGUUCCAUGAUCACCUGCAUGGCGGAAGAGAUGUCCAACCCUUCCCGGAUAAUACCGAGGUCUCUGCUGGGCGGUGUCUUCUUGGUAACCGCUUUGCAACUUCUCACAAAUGGAGCGUACUUCGUCGUCCUGAACCACGAGUCAUUCGCCGCGUCGGAGGCGACUGCCGUCACCUUCGGGCGCGCAGCCUGGGGCCAAGCGGGCGAGUGGCUGGUGCCAAUCGCUGUCUGCGUCAGCACCUUUGGAACAAUGAGUGCCUCUUCGUUCAGCAACAGCCGACUCAUCAUGGCGGCGGCGCGCAGCAGACACUUGCCCGCGCCCUUCGGCCUCAUCACACUGCACUCGUCACUUCCGGUUAUAGCGAUAGCGUUCAGAACUUGCCUAGCCGUGGUGAUAACCGUCUUUGGGUCGGUCGGUUUGUUAGCCAAGUGCGCUAUGGUAAUAGUGUCCACCAUAAACGUGCUCGUCAUGUUCGCGCUGCUGAGGCUUCGAGAAGCGAUGAAAGGCCGCGUGAGGGCAGUAAAGGUGCCCACUUUCUUAGUACUGGUCAACAUUGCGAUCGAGUUGUCCAUGGCCCUGACGCCGUUUAAUGAGGACAGUCAUCGGGAGCUUUUAGGUCCUCGUAGAGAGGCAAAGGAUGAUCGCUACGAUUUCACGUAG